AUGGAGACAAGUCAUUUAAUUCACCUGCAUCAUUCUGGCAAUUUCGGCAAGCGUAACAAGUAUGUUGGAGGUGACUUGGAGUUGUUUGAUGAUGUGGACAGUGAUACAAUGUCAUACAUUGAACUUCAAGGCAUGCUCAAAAGCCUUCAUUUGAAUGCACACGGCAAGAUUUUCUAUAUGGAUCCCAUCCAUGGGCAUUUAUUACAAGUUUUUAAUGACCUAAGUGUGAUGGCUAUGUUUGAGACAUACAAUUUUAAUAUUCCGCUGAUCCACAUUUAUGUCAGUAAGCCAAAUGAAGCUGUUAGAUCAAUGGAAGAAGAAGUUGACACUGAUAUUGACAGUGUUUUUAAUGCUAAAAAUCAAAAUGUUAACAGUGAUGGCAAUGCUAAAAAUCAAAAUGUUAACAGUGAUGGCAAUGCUAAAAAUCAAAAUGUUGAGAAUAAGAAUGCUGACAGUGAUGACAAUGCUGAAAAUCAUAAUGCUGAGAAUGAUGAGUUUGGUAAUAUUAAAGUGGAUGACGAGGAAUUGGAUGAUGUGUCCUUAUAUGCACCAAGUGAUGAGUUAUGGAAUAUUCACAGUGAAUCUGAUGAUGAAGAGAUUAAUAGUGCACCUAAACAACCAAAAACCAAAAUUGCAAGAGAUGAGGAACAAAGAAUUGGUUAUAGGCAUAAAGUUUGCGAAUGCUAA